CCAUCAGUUUCGUGCGUACGAGGAAAGAUUCCUCCUUAGCUGGGCACUGGGAUACGAUUCUUUUCGCGGUAGUGUUCUGGGUGUCGUUUACUGUUUUUGCACGGACUUUCCAUCCGGUUGCGCAACUGCUGGGAAACGGGUGAGGGCGUCUGGACGGUGCAGGCGCCAUCGUUCUGGCUCGGGAUGCCAGCACCUGCCUGCGUGGCCGCGUGUGACUUCAGCAACAACUUUUUUAUUAUUUCUUGAUUCUUCCCCAGUGGAGCAAUGUUCGAUAUAAAACUCUUGCGCAUCUUGGUCUUCUCUCCCGUCCGGUUUUUUAGUCCUUGCCAGAUCGAAUUUGGUUUGGGUUCUUAUUGGUUCUUGCUGGGCCAUCGAUUUAUCUGGUUCUUGGGCGGACUGCAUGGAUGGUAAUCCGACGUUCCUGUCAUGCCCGGAUCACAGCCCCGGGCGGGCACUGGCGCCGCCACGCAUCACCCCGUCGUCGUCCCCGGCGCUCGUCGCGUCCGUGAAGGACCUGUACGACUUCAUCUGCAGCGGGCCGCUGGUGGACAGGAUCGGCUACACCAAGGAGAAGAUCGCCGAGUCCAUCGACCGGUGGCUGCGCUGCGGAGGUCAGAUCGCUCGGCUGUUCCGCCUCAACGAGCUCCAGCUGUCGGAGGCCGAGAAAGUCAGGAUAUACCACUUCUACAUCCCCGUCUUCCUCUGGUGCGAGGACCAGGUCAUCGAGCACAGGGCCAAAUACAAGGAGGGCGACGACAUCCCACCAUUGGUGAUUGGGGUCAGUGCUCCUCAAGGAAGUGGAAAGACGACUCUUGUUUUCGCGCUUAAUUACCUUUUUCGUGUUGCUGGUAGGAAUUCCACCACCUUGUCUAUAGAUGACUUCUAUUUGACAGCAAAAGAACAGAAUGAACUGAGGGAUAGAAACCCUGGAAAUGCUCUUUUAGAGCUCCGUGGAAAUGCUGGAAGCCACGAUCUCCAAUUCUCAGCUGAAACACUUGAGUCCCUUACCAAACUAACUAAGGAAGGUAUGAAGAUGAAGGUUCCACGGUAUGACAAGUCUGCUUUUGGGGGAAGAGGUGAUCGUGCUGAUCCUUCAGUGUGGCCAGAGGUUGAAGGACCCUUGGAGGUUAUUCUCUUUGAAGGAUGGAUGCUUGGAUUUAAACCUCUUCCAAAUGAAGUUGUGAAAGCUGUGGAUCCUCAGCUCGAGGUGGUUAACAAGAACCUAGAAGCAUACUAUAAUGCUUGGGACAGGUUCAUCGGGUCAUGGAUUGUUAUAAAAAUACGAGAACCCAGUUGUGUAUUCCAGUGGAGGCUGCAGGCAGAGAUAGCUAUGAGAGCAGAUGGAAAACCUGGAAUGUCCAAUGAGGAGGUUAUGGAUUUUGUGUCGCGCUACCUACCGGCAUACCAUGCGUAUUUGCCCACGCUAUACAAAGAGGGACCAAUUGGUUCAAAACCAGAGCAGCUGCUGGUCAUUGACAUAGAUGAAGAGAGGAACCCUUUAUGGGGCAACUGAGGUUGUGAAUUCCUAAUGUACAUGCUGAAAAAGUGAAAAUGGAUUUUUUUCUGACUCCACGGUGCAUCUUGGGAUCCCUGCUCUUUACGAGACUUCUUAUGUUAAGCAAGCACUGUAGGCAUCUUUGUUCCCAUGGUUCGAAUAUAUUGUGAACCUGUAAAUUCCAUGCAUAACAAAUUUCGUUAUCUAUCAAUGAAAUCAGCGUUUUGUUUUCCAGUUUUA